AUGUCGUGGCAGCAAACAGCGCCGGGCGUCUAUGCUCGCCCCUUCGACACCAUCGAGCGUUUCUACCGCGGCAUUGCUGCGUCAGGCGCCCACCUCAAUAGGGAGCAAUACUUGAUCUCCAGCACCGUGCAAUUCAAAGAUGCGGUGUCGGUAGAAGACUUGCGCCAGGCCUGGAAGGCCCUCAUUCACAAACAUCCGCAGCAGGCGACCGUCGCAGACGAGUCCGGCUCGAAUCUGACCUACACGGUGCUCUCCCCGGAAAACUUUGACGCCUGGGUACAGAAGACGUUGAUUGUAUACCCGGAGAGCGACACCCGUUCGGCCGAAGAACUCGAUGUUGCCUUGUCUCCUUGCCCUGUACUCACGGCGCAUUAUCUCCCAGCGUCCAGAGAGCUACUGUUUCGCACCCCUCACUGGCGGUCUGACGGGGUAGGCCUGAUCCUGCUCCAGGAUUCCUUCUUCACCCUGCUCGCCGAGGGCUCAUCCGCCAAGGAUCUCGUAUUUGACGGUUCCGAACCAUCACGGUUUCCUGCAACCAUGGACUCGGCGGCGUCGAUCAACCUGGAGGUCACCCCGGAAAUUUCUCAGGGCGCCGAUGCACAGCUUGCUGCCCUGUUUACCGGGUCGGCUCCUGCUGCUUUUGAUGCUGAGCUGCCCAAUAGCUUGCCGAGCGAAUCCCGGCGCAUAGGCACGCAUCUGUCGCGAGAAGAGAGCCAGAAGGUCAUCGCUGCCAGCAAGGCGCGCGGUCUGACGGUGACGGUUGCAGUGCAUGCGGCGUUGUUGACCGUGAUGCUCAAACACGCGACUCCAGCUGAUGGGCGCCUUAUAUGCUUUACGACAUACAAUAUCCGUGAUCGUCUACCGGCUCCAUGGAACGGUAGUGCCGCCGCCGGUACAGUGUACCACACGGGCAGGGCAUGCAGUGUCGAGUUCGGCGCGAACAAGACAUACGAUGAAAUUGCCAAGUUUCUCACCUCCGAUUACAAGCGAGACUUGCAGCCCCUGUUCGACUAUAUGGCGGACUACGUGCCAAAGAUUGGCGCUAUGCUGGCCGCGCCUCUUGAGCUGGCGCUGCAGGCCCCUGGUGGCGCACAUCCCGAGCUAAGCUCCCUGGGAGACCUGGACAAGUGGUUAAAGCACCAGUACGUUGGUGCGGCCAACACGGUGGAGCUUCAAGAUUGGUGGCUAGGUGUGGAGGUCAUCAACAAAUUGUUGCAGUCGUAUCUGUGGACACGCAAUGGUGAAUUGACUAUUGCGCACCAUUAUAACGAGGCGUUUUACGACCGCGCCUUUGUAGAACAGAUUUUGGGAGAAUGGAAGGCCACCAUCGUGAAGGAAUUGAUUGAAUAA